CAGUCAAGCCCAGCGGUUCAACACUCGAUUUUCGCGAGGAGGCGGCACAUAUCACGUAUAUUAUAUAUAUGCAUUCAUAUGCAUAUGUGUAUAUAGAACAGAUAAUAUUAAAUUAAAGACAAUUGUGGUGAUAAGAGGUGCCCAGCCGAAAACAAGCAUGUCGGACGCCUACUCGAAUUCCUUACGCAGCCUGAGUCCGGAGUUGGCCAAGAAGGCGCACGACGAGCUGGGCGAGGUGCCCGAGAGGAUCGAUGAGGAUAUCGAGACGCUGCGCACUUGGAUCGCCAAGCAGCCGCACCUGAAGGCUCGCCAGGAUGCCCAGUUCCUGAUCGCCUUUCUGCGGGGCUGCAAGUACAGCUUGGAGAAGACCAAGCUCAAGUUGGACAACUUCUAUGCGAUGCGGGGGGCGGUGCCAGAGCUCUACAAGAACCGCAUAGUGGGCGAGAAGCAGCUCAGCAUUCUGGAAACAGGUUGCCUGCUUCGGUUGCCCCAGCCCCUGAAGCCGGAUGGUCCUCGCAUUCACAUUUCCCGCUAUGGCCAGUACGACUCCAAGAAGUACUCCAUUGCCGAGGUCAUCCAGGUGAACACCAUGUUGGGUGAGAUUCAGAUACGCGAGGACGACAAUGCCAUGAUAUCUGGUUUCGUGGAGAUCAUCGACAUGAAGGGCGUGGGGGCAGGUCACAUAUUCCAGUUCGAUGCUGUGCUGGUAAAGAAACUGGCCGUUCUGGGUGAUAAGGCCUAUCCCUACAGGCCCAAGGGUUUCCACUUUGUCAAUGCUCCCGCCAGUGCAGAGAGGUUAAUGUCCAUUGCCAAGGGUCUGAUGAGUGAGAAGAUACGAAAACGGUUCCACAUACACUCCAAACUGGAAAGCCUCUACAAAUACGUGCCCAAGGAAUGCCUGCCAGCUGAGUAUGGUGGCAGCAAUGGAACUAUCCAAGAUGUCAUUACGACAUGGAGGACAAAGCUCUUGGACUAUAAGCCCUUCUUCGAAGAGGAGGCUUCCUAUGGCACAAACGAGAAGCUGAGGCGAGGACAACCCGUUAGUGCCGAAUCCCUGUUUGGAAUCGAGGGAUCCUUCAGAAAACUGGAUAUCGACUAAUCUAGAGUGGAGUGUGGAGUGUCACAUAGAAAAUAGUAAUUUUAAUCUUUGUACAAAUGCAGACUAAUCGGACUAAUAAAACUAAAAACAAUUUAAGUUCCAAUAA